AAAUAAAUUAAAAUUCAAUUUUCAUUUCAUAUCUGCUAUUUCUAAAAUCUAAAGAUCAUUAAAAGCUCCUUUACGUAAAAUGCCGAUAGGAAGACAAUUUAAACCAAAAGAACCUUACACUCAUCGUUUACGUAAAAUUCUUGAUGAAUAUCCUGAUGGUUCUCAAAUUCUUCGUGAAAUCCUUCAGAAUUCAGAUGAUGCCCAAAGUACUGAACAAAUUUUCAUUCUGGAUCAUAAUACUUAUCCAUCACAAAGUUUAUUUGAACCGGAUUAUGUAGAUAAUUAUCAAAGGACAAACUUGAAACUUGAUAGAUUUCAAGGCCCUGCACUUUUAUCAAGAAAUACUACUACUUUUGAGGAAAAAGAUUUUCAAUCAUUGCUUAAAUUAGCUGAUAGUGAAAAACGUGAUCAAUUUGAUAAGAUCGGAGUAAUGGGUGUUGGUUUUAAUUCAAUUUAUCAUAUCACCGACUCUCCUUCUUUUAUUACUGGUGAUAAAUACAUUAUCCUUGAUCCACACGAAUGGUAUUUUAACGGUGGUAUUCAAUUCGAUUUCGUCAAAGAACAAUUGUCAAAGGAUUAUCCAGAUCAAUUUGCUCCAUUCAAAAUCUCAUGUGAUAAACCAUUUAAUGGAACUAUAUUUCGUUAUCCUCUCCGUACUAAUCAAGAUUCUGUCGAUUCAAAAAUUUCUAACAAAGUUUAUAAACCUGAAGCAAUUUUGGAUAUGUUUCACAAGUUUUAUGAAAAAGAAAGCAUAAAUUGUUUAUUAUUUUUAAAAUAUAUUGAACGUAUUCAUUUCUAUGAAUUGAAAGAAGGCGCUACUGAACCUGAAUUACUUUACACCAUUCAGUUGGAGAAUGUUGAUGAUCAUGUUAGAGAACAACGUCGUUCGAUAGUCGAAAAAAUUAUACCAAUGAUGAAUUCACUUAAGUCAAAAGAUCUUGAUAACCAUAAUCAACUAGAAACGUCUUAUGUCGCAUCAUUUUCUCGACAACGGAAAGGAUAUCCUAAAGAAAUUAGCUCAUGGUUAAUUUUGAAUUAUCUUGAUGAUUUACUCAAAGCCGAAGCAUAUUUUCAUGAGAACUUCGGUAAAUAUAUAGGAGAUUAUAAAUUUAUUCCUAAUGUUGGUCUGGCUGUCCCUUUGAAUAAUUUAAAUGCUACUGGAAAAUUAUUUUGCUUUUUACCUCUUCCCAUUGAUAUGCCUUUCCUCGUUUCCGUACAUGGAUAUUUUGCGGUUAGCACUAAUCGACGUUCCUUAUGGUCAGCAGCAGAUAAUGAGGAUCUGGCUGUUGAUGCAUUGGCGCGUCUGAAGGUUGAGUGGAAUCGAUAUUUAUUUGAAAAGGUUUUACCCAAAGCUUGGGUAAAGUUUCUUCGUGAGCUCAGGUCUAAUAUUCAAUCGGAUAAUAUAUAUGAAUUUUGGCCAAUAGUUAAAGAAGUUACAUCGGGUAGUUUAAGUUCUUUUUGCAAAGAUCUGUUACAGAAUGUCAUAGAAAGUCUUAGUAUUGACGAUUGUGUAUUCAAAGGUCCUUUUUCAUCAAAUGUUAUUGGAACAGUAGCUGAAGUUUCAACAUAUUCAUAUAAUAUGCCCUCAUUCCGAGAACCCAAAUUUCAUUGGCUUUCACUUUCAAAUGGCUAUUUCGAAGAUGAGAAGUUAUUCAAUUUUGAUUUAUCUAAAAUAAUUGGUAAUAUUGGAUUUCCUGUAAUAUCAACUUUGUACCCUAUCAUCAGAGUAUUAAAAAGUUCUGGACAUCAAGACUCUCUCAAGUUUUUUUCUCCUACCAUUAUCCGUACUUAUUUGAGUAACAAUCGUGAUAGAUGGGAUAACGUACUGUCGAGAAAAGAAGUCUUACUAUUAUUUGAAUAUAUAUUAAACGAAUUAAAUGAUCAAAAUUUUGAUGAAUUAGAAGGAUUCAAAAUAAUUCCAUUAGCGGAUGGUGUGAAUCUUGGUACUUUAACUCAAUUUGGCAAUUCUUAUGUGUAUAUCGGUCCCGAUGAUGACAUUAAGAGUCAUGAAAAUGAUGAGCGCAAUAUUUUCACAAAUCAAUUAGAUAAAUUCAUCGACAAAUCGAUCAGUUUCAGAUUAUAUAAACUUUUGUACGAUAAUGCAAAUACUGGAUGGGAUCUUAACAUCAAAAUAUUAGAUGAAUUCGCUGUUGUUGAUAUGAUUAAAUUCUCGUUAAAUUUUGCGGAAAAUGCAAAUUUUGAAGUGAUACAGAUGCCGAAUCAUUGUGGAUGGAUCUAUCAAUUAUGGGAUAACCUAAGAUACAGAAAUUGGGAUUUAACAAAGUUUGAAGAUAUUCAUUUAAUCCCAACAAAUCGUUCUUCUCUUAGGAAAUUAAGAACUCCUAAUAAAAUUUUUUUGAAUCAAACAAGCGAAGACCUUACAGCUAUUUUCGAAAUAUUCGGUGCUGCGUUCGCGGAUAAUCAGUUUAAAGAAAUUUCUGAAUGGGAUAAUUUUGGCUUCUUUUCGAGCUGAUGCUUCAUAUCCAGAGAAUUUAAAUAAAAAUUUACAAAUUCAUGAAGCAUCGGCGCUCAUCGACCAUUUAUCUAAUUAUUUGCGACUUGUCAAUAAAGAUCAUCUUACGCAGGAACUCAUUGAAGUUAUC